CCUGUCUCAUCUCUCAUCCCUCAUUUCUUUGCCUUUCCUUGGAGACUCUGAUGAAAUUUUGUAUAGAAAAGUAAACAAAUGAAGCCCCUGACGCAAGGAACCAUACUCAAAAAGCAAUCUCUACCUCACCAACUGAAUCAAAAACCCAGACUACAAAGCUGAUACUUCAAUAAAUAUAUCGAUCGCAUUACUUGGAUACGCUGCUUUUGAUGUUAUUCACUCGCUGUUCUUGUUUUCUAGUCCUUGAUUCGCUUAUAUAUCGAUCACAAGCUUCAUAUGCUAAAGAAGGAUAUAGUACAUACAUGGGUUUGGAUUAUCUCUGGGCGUUCACGGGGUACUUCAUCAAAUAAUAAUGAAGGGACCGUCUUUUCUGUCGUUCAACUUGUCCCCAGACUGGUUUGCUUUAUGUUUGCAAAAAUGCCUGAAAGAAAAGGCUUUGCGACCGGGCAAGCAAGUUCAUGCAAUUUUGUUGACUACUGGGAUUGACGUGAAAGUGUUGUCCUUGAAUUCAAAGCUUGUUGGGAUGUAUGCAAGUUGUGGGGACGUAAGGUCGGCGAGGCUCGUGUUCGAUAAAAUUCAAAACCCGAAUGUUUUCGCAUUGAAUUGGAUGGUACUGGCUUCCGCGUUUAAUGGGUAUUAUGAGGAUGCUAUUGGGUAUGUUUGUUUGAUGCGGGAACUGGGAAUUCUUGGCAAUAAGUUCACGUUUUCGAUUGUGUUGAAAGCCUGUGUUGGUCUGAUAGAUGUAAAGAAGGGAAGAGAAGUUCAUGCUGUGGUAAAGAAAAUGGAUUUUGAAAAUGAUGCGUCAGUGGCAAAUGCUUUGAUUGAUAUGUAUUGUAAAUGUGGGAAAGUUUGUCAUGCUCGUCGACUGUUUGAUAGAAUGGUUAGUAGAGAUGUCGCUUCUUGGACAUCGAUGAUAUGUGGUUACUGUAACAUAGGAAAGACUGAGCAAGCGCUUGUGUUGUUUGAGCGGAUGAAGUUGGAAGGACUGGAACCGAAUGAUUUCACAUGGAAUGCGAUGAUAGCUGGCUAUGCUCGGUCUGGAGAUACCACUAAAGUGUUUGCGCUUUUUUCUAGAAUGACUAGAGCAGGGUUACUUCCUGAUUUGGUUACUUGGAAUGCGUUGAUUUCCGGCUUCGCACAAAGCCAGGAAGCAGGCAAAGCAUUCAAAUUGUUUCGCAAUAUGUUGGUUUUUGGGAUUAAACCCAAUGGCGUGACUGUGGCAGGACUGCUCCCUGCAUGUGGAUUGAUUGGGUCAAUUGAAAGAGGGAGAGAAAUUCAUGGGAUGAUCUACAGGAUGGGGCUUGAUAUUAAUGUCUUUGUUGCUAGUGCUCUUAUUGACAUGUAUUCAAAAUGUGGCAGUGUUAAAAAUGCUCGAUGCGUCUUUGAGAGGAUUCCUGUCAAGAAUAUUGCAUCAUGGAAUGCCAUGAUUGGAUGCUAUGGGAAGCAUGGCAUGGUUGAUUUGUCGAUACAGUUGUUUGAGAGGAUGCAAGAAGAAGGAAUGCAGGCAAAUGAAUUGACUUUUAUUUGCAUUCUUUCUGCAUGCAGCCAUAGUGGUUUAGUAGAGGAAGGUGUGAAUAUUUUUAGGACAAUGAAAGAGGGUUAUGGGAUUGAUGUUGGAAAAGAGCAUUAUGCUUGUGUUGUUGAUCUUUUGUGCCGUUCAGGGAGGAUGGUAGAAGCUUAUGAGUUGGUGAAGGACAUGCCAACACAAGUCCCAGAGUCAAUUGUUGGAGCUUUCUUCAAUGGUUGUAAAAUCCACGGAAGAAGAGAUCUGGCUAAAAUGAUGGCGGAGGAUAUUCUGUCAAUGGAGUUGAAGAAACCUGGAGGUUAUGUGACACUGUCAAAUAUUUAUGCUGCUGAUGGAGAUUGGGAAGAAGUUGAGAAUGUAAGGAAGAUGAUGAGGGAAAGGAACAUUCUUAAGAAGUCUGGUUUUAGUUGGGUAGAGGAGAAAUGAGUUUGUUGGAGAGGAAAAAGAAAGUGAUGAAGUAAAAAAUGGGAACAGGUACGUCCUCUACUGUAACACAGUCAGUUCAUAGUGAUUUUUUCAUAUAUCCACCACUCCAAUUAUCAUUCAGAUUCUGAACUACCUAGGAAAUUGUAUACGACAUACUUAGAAUUAUUUAACUUAUAAAAAGGUAUGAAAUUGGAAUGGCUCAGAUGAAGCAUACAAAAUUUUGAAAUCUAGGCAAUAAAUUGGGAAUAUGACCGUUCAGAACUACUUUCACGUCAAUCUUUCCCGUGCCCUGAGUAGAACAAGUGGUUGUCAUUUAUGUCUAUGCAGUUAACAAUAGGAAAAUGGGUAUAUUGGUCUUUUGCUUCCCCAAAUCAAAUUACAGGAGCAAUAAAAAUUUCUGAAAAAAAAGAAAGAUGCAUAAUUUAAGGAGACAUGAGUUAAUGCAUUGUUUGCUCCAUGACUUUGUGGCAUUCAUAAGUUCAUAAAUUUUGUGGUCGUCUUCUGUUUGAGCACCUAUUCCAAGAUUUUCACUUACCAAAAGAACUAUCCCCAAGAUUUUUUUAAGUAGGAACAAGAAAAGCAGAGAAAGAUGCAGGGAAUUAGUCAGUACUCUCUUCUGAAGGUGCGG